UUAGCGCUCGCUCUGAUCUACACUUGCAGUUGAAGAAGAUAGGUGUAGGAAUAUUACAACAAACAAGCCGACUCUCUUUCUCUGACUUGUGUCGUCAAGAUCUAGGGUUUUACAAGUGCUUGAGCCUUAGAGUACAGAAGAACAAUUCCUUUUUCUGGAGACAUCUGCAAAAAAUGAGUAUUCCAGGAGAUGAAUCACCGGACUGGUUGCGCACUUUCAAGCCUCAGGUUAAUUAAUUCGACGUGAACUUGGCUAAUUUGCAUAGAUGGUUCCACUCUGUCAGUUAUGCAUCUUUCAUCUGAUUCGGAAGCUUCUGGUGACCAUUCUCUUGGUGAAGAUAGAAGCACCGAUGAUAAACCAGUGUCUGAGGAUAUGGUUGUUGCAGAUGACCACAAAGAGUUCUCAGUCAAAAAGGCAUCAAAGAAAAUGCAGUCUCCAAAUAAACGUGCAAAAUCAGCAAAGUUAAUCUCGGAAAAGAAGACAACGGAGGAUCGUCCUAGCAAACCAGGGAUGGAGAAUGAUCCAAAAGCUGUGGGAAAAGAAGAGGAAUGCACUGAAAACAAUGCCCAAUCAAUUUGGGCAUUGUCAUCUGAUUCCGAAACACAUGACAGUCCAGUGCGGGGAGCUGGUACAAGUAAAUCGCCAAAAGUGGAGCUUAAAGUGGAGGAGACAGUUGCAGUUAAUAAGAAGAAGACUACAAAUAAAGUUACCGAGAAAGUUAUAGGAAAUGAUGAUGAUCCAGCUGUAGCAGUGGAAGAGAUUACUGGAAAGCAUAACAAGUCUGAUUUUUCUGCAAGGAUACCAUUAGUGCUCCCUGAGAAAGUCAACCGUUUAAAGGCACUUGUUGAGUGUGAAGAUGAUUCCAUAGAUAUUAGUGGUGAUGUGGGUGCCGUUGGACGAGUUGUUAUUUCAAAUAGCUCAUCGAGAAAUCACGAGAUGUUGUUAGAUAUGAAAGGAACCAUGUAUAAGACGACCAUAGUUCCCUCCAGGACAUUCUGUGUGGUAAGCUUUGGUCAAUCAGAAGCAAAGAUAGAGGCCAUCAUGAAUGAUUUUAUUCAACUGAAACCUCAAUCAAAUGUUUACGAGGCAGAGACAAUGGUUGAAGGAACACUAGAAGGUUUCUCAUUCGAUUCUGGAGAUGAAUCUGAUAGGGUGCCUAAAGCUGUUCCAGACCAAAAUGAGGAAACGGAGAAACAACAAACCAACAAAAAAAGUAGAACAAAAGCUGAAAAGCCAUCAGCAGGUGGUCCUCCAAAGAAAAGAGCUAAAACAACAGGAAAGCCAGUUAAAAAGGUUAAAAAGAAAACGCAGGCUUCUACAAAGAAAGGAGGGAAGAGCAAGAAGUAAUGACUCAGAAAUGAAUCUAUCGUCAAUGGCAGGCAGCAUGAACGAUUUAGAACACGACAAUGAGAAGCCUAAAGUUCUUUUUCACUUAGCGCAGUUCCUCCACUCCUGGUUGCAAGACUUUUUAUAAUUUUUCUUAUCACAUUAAAACUUUUCAUUUGGUAAUGUUGUUUUAGGAUUUGGUUACAGAAAAAAUAGGAAAAAGAAUAAUUAAAAUGUUUGUAUUUUCUAAACAUUAUAAAGUGGCAUUUGUAUUCGAUUUGGAAAUUGUAUUUGGUGUACUCAAG